ACGCAAUCGGAAUAAAAAGCGCGUACCCAGUCACCAUAGUAACUGGAGUUUGUUGCCUCGGCUCGUGUUCUCUGCAAAGAAAGGGGGGUAAUGCAUCAACAGCAGCAGCUAGGUAUGCCACAGUAUAUAAGCCUCGACAAACAAUAUUCUUUAGCCUGCGAAGAACUAAAACAGCCUGAGAACCUGUUCAUAGCCCAUAUUCUCCGAGAAGUGAAGGUGGACGAAGAAGCGUUGACAAAAAAAACCACUAUAAAAAUAGCUGGAAAUAACCGCUUGAUACCUGUGCAGAAGGUGACAGAUGCGGAUUUUCAAAUCCUGGCUGCUGUCUUUACAAACAAUGUGUUUCCUACAGGACUGGACCUGAGAUAUAACCUGUUAAGUGAUGCAGGCGCAGUACACAUUGCAGCUUUCCUCCAGGAUAAUCAUACCCUGCUUUACCUCAACCUGAUGUUUAAUGACAUUGGUACCAUUGGAGCAGAAUUCAUAGCUAAAGCACUGCAUAGGAAUGAUACUCUUCUGCACCUAAGAAUGACCGGCAACAAGAUUGACAACAAGGGAGGAAUGUAUUUUGCGGCGAUGAUGCAGAUUAACAACACAUUACAGAAGUUAGAUUUUGGAGACUGUGAUCUGGGCACACAGAGUCUAAUAGCAUUAGCAACUGUUAUGAAUCACAACGAAUCGAUCAAAGCCAUAAAUCUAAACCGGCCAAUACUCUACAGCGAAGAGGAAGAGACCACAGUCCACAUUGCCCUCAUGUUGAAAACGAACUCCGUUCUCGUUGAACUGCAUUUGUGUAAACACGAAAUGAAGAACUUUGGUGUUGAACAUCUGUGUGAUGCUUUAUAUGAAAACACCACCUUGCGAUACCUUGACCUCAGCUGCAACAAAAUUACUCGGGAUGGUGUCAAAUUUUUGGGAAAGCUGUUAAAACUAAACAACACCCUGGAAAUCCUGGAUCUUAAUUUUAACAGAAUAGAAGAUGAUGGUGCUUUCUAUCUGACUGAGGCACUUACUACGCAUAAUCGGACUCUUCAAGCGUUGUCAGUGACAAACAACAGCAUAACUGGACAAGGACUGGUGGCCCUUUCGGAGUCAAUGAAAACAAACCCAGUCCUUUCUUAUAUCUACAUCUGGGGAAACAAAUUUGAUCAAGCCACCAGUGUGGCAUUUGCAGAGUUACUCAAAAGCAGCCGCCUGAAGCCAACUGGCACAGACGUUGAGCCAUAUGAAGUGGAUGGGAACACGUACCUCGCUGAAGUCUCCCAUGGCCUCAAGAGGCAUUACUAUUGGACACCAAGUUAUGGAGAGCCUGAUAACAAAGAUGCCAAUGCCUCUUUAGCAAUAACUCCUGUUGCAGAAAACUUGUAAAUGCCACCAUAUUUUCUUAUAGGUUUCUGCCUCUUGGGUUUUUUCAGUUAUGUGUGUUUCCAACAAUUACAUGUAGUUACUUAGAGAACUGAUUUGAAAAGAUUUUGAACCAUAAUCAGUACAUUAAACUGCAUUGGGAUGCUGCUCCAUUCCUACAACUGGAUCCCAGUACAGUGACGAUUAUUCUUAAGUCCCACUGAAUGCUUAAGUUGUUUGUGACGUCCUUGUUCCAUUGCUUUCCAUGAGUCUCAAAAGUGACUUUUUAACUGUAUUAGGACCAUUAUGAGCAACAUUUACUGUGUUGAGGCAAAGCACUCUGUAGAAGUGUCAUUAUACAACUCAAACAUUUAGAAGCUACUAAGGAAUGUGCAAUAUCUUGAAAGU